UGUGAUAUUCACUUAGAGCAGAGGAGGGGAGUAUUCAGAGAAGCAGGGAGAAGAUCACUUAGAUGGCACACUCCCGGACAUGAACGCAUAUGAGGAGGUCCAUCCAGCUCGGUAUAAAAAAGCUUUGGAUUUGAUUUGUGGCUUCAGUGGAACUUUUUCUGCCACUGACUGACGACAGGGAAAGGUGCAGAGAUGGGCUACCUGUUCUUUUUCUCCACUGAGACAUGGACCCUCCUGGUUGCCUUUGUUACUCUGUUAUUUGUGUACGCUAUGUGGCCGUACAACACAUUCAAGAAAAUGGGCAUCCCUGGUCCCAAUCCGAUCCCUUUUUUCGGCACUAUGCUGGCAUAUAGAAAGGGUUUCUUCACAUUUGAUGAAGACUGCUUCAAGAAAUAUGGUAAAACAUGGGGCAUUUUCGAUGGUCGUCAGCCUGUGCUGUGUAUCACAGACCCCGCCAUGGUCAAAACUGUUCUGGUCAAGGAGUGUUACUCUCUCUUCACCAACCGCAGAAACUUCUACCUAAAUGGACCCCUGUAUGAUGCCGUUUCCAUCGCUGAGGACGAUCAGUGGAGGAGGAUCCGCAGCGUCCUCUCUCCUUCCUUCACAUCAGGGAGGCUGAAAGAGAUGUUUGACAUAAUGAAACGCCACUCUGCUAACCUGAUCAGCAAUAUGAAAAAGAAAGCCGACAAAAAUGAGCCCUUGGAGAUGAAAGAGUUCUUUGGACCUUACAGUAUGGACGUAGUGACCAGCACAGCCUUCAGUGUAGACAUCGACUCACUCAACAACCCCUCAGACCCGUUUGUCAAUAACAUCAAGAAGAUGCUGAAGUUUGACCUGUUAAACCCACUCCUCCUCCUUGUUGCUUUCUUCCCCUUUAUGGGUCCAGUAUUGCAGAAGUUUGAGUUUUCCUUCUUCCCUGCAUCUGUCACUGACUUCUUUUAUGCUGCGCUGCAAAAGUUAAAGACAGAGCGGGAGACCAACAAGAAAAAGGCUCGAGUGGAUUUCCUUCAGCUGAUGAUUGACUCUCAGAAGGAGAAUGACCCCAGUGGAGCAGUUCAUGAAAAAGGUUUAAGCGACCAUGAGAUCCUCUCUCAAGCAAUGAUCUUCCUCUUUGCUGGUUAUGAAACAAGCAGCAGCUCUCUCACUUUCUUGGCUUACAACCUGGCAAGAAACCCCGAUGUUAUGAAGAAGCUACAGAAGGAGAUCGACACCACCUUCCCCAACAAGGCUCCUGUAGAGUACCAGGCUCUCAUGCAGAUGGAGUAUCUAGAAUCCGCUAUCAACGAGUCUCUCCGAUUGUACCCCAUUGCUGCACGUCUGGAGCGUGUUGCUCAGGCCUCCGUGGAGAUUAAUGGCCUUGUGAUACCAAAGGGGAUGGUUGUCAUGGUACCCACAUGGCCCAUGCACCGGGACCCUGAUGUGUGGCCUGAACCAGAGGAGUUUAAACCAGAAAGGUUCAGCAAGGAGAACAAAGACAAAAUUGAUCCUUACAUAUACAUGCCUUUCGGGGCCGGGCCAAGAAACUGUAUCGGGAUGCGUUUUGCUCUGGUGAUGAUGAGACUAGCAAUAGUGGAGAUCCUCCAGAGGUACAGCUUCGCUGUGUGUAAGGAGACUGAGAUCCCCUUUGAGAUGGAUGUCCAGGGCCUGCUGGCUCCAAAACGGCCCAUCAAACUCAAGCUGGUGCCAAGGUCUGAGACUGCAGGCUAAAGAAACAACAUGCUGAAAUAUCAUCCUUUUGGUGCUCUGAAAUUGUAUUAUUUCAUGUUGUUUGUAGUCAUAAUGUGAAGACAUGAGAUUCCUCUUUUUAGUAGUGGAAAGUGACGAAGUGCUUUCAAACAAACUGUGUAAAUAGUAAAUUUUAAUAUUCUUUUACUAUUGAUUAGCCAUUUUCUUUUUCUUCAUAUUUUUACUCAUUACACAUUAAUUUCUCCUUUUUCUAUACAGUCAAAUUACAAUAUUCAAACAAAAUGUAGUUUUAAAGUGAUAAUUUCAUGUACUAAAGGGAUAAGCCAUCUAAACCUGUCUGGCCCUAUGUGAAAAGUAAUUGCCCCUCCUGAUAAAAUCAGGAAUUAACUGUGAUUAAGCACAUUUAUAUGUAAAAAGUAAAAAAAAAGAGAAAGGGGCAGAUACUUUUUUUUUACAACAAAUUAGUUGUUUCUUGCAUUAAUCUAUUUUAAAAAUUGUUUGGAUUAGUUGAACAAAUGGCAAAUAUAAAACACUAUACAGAAAAGAUAUUGGCAGGUACAUGGAGGUUACAAGGCUGUGUAAGGAUAAGAUAUCCUGGUUUGAAUGAGGAUUUGGACCUGUCAUGUUUUUUGUAAUGCAUUUUAGUGUUCUUCAUGUUUUUCACAGACCUAUAUAUUAGAUGUUAAUGUGUUUUGAGUGUAUUUUGAUUGUUUGUUUUAUUUGUUAUUAUUUUCAUAUUAAGGUUCAUUCUGUCUUCUUUUAUUGCUGAUUACUCUGUAAUUGGUCUCAUCUGCCUCAUCUUUCUCUGAGUUUGUGGUUGCCUCUAACUGGUCAUCACUGGUAUUGGGAGAGGCCACACUAUAAUGCCUGAUUAGUGAGCCCUGUGUGAAGAUUUUCUCCUGGCUUUUCUUCUCUCUGAUUCAUGUGACUGCCUUCACUAGCUGUAGUCUACAGUGUUGUGACCACAACACAAAUGUUUGUUAGCCCUGACGAAGACCAACUUGGUGGAAACAUGUUGGCUUUUUAAUGAUUUGGCUAUUACAAUAAAGGCUUUUUAGUAUUUCCUUC